AUGUAUCGUGAAUGGUUCGGCAUCCUCUUCCAUUCGCUCACAGCGGCACCCAAAGGCUCGUCUCCAGUGCGUCCAGACAGUCGAUGCUCUGUUCGCCGGUUUUCCACCAGCCCAAGCUGUCAGGAGGUGCUCUUGCCUUGGCAACCUCUCGAGGAGAUCGCUGGCCGGCCUCCACCUGCCGGCAACCCCGUGGUUGCCCGGGCGACCGGUGACCCCGUGGAGGCUGGCCGAAGGGUGAAAGUGGCUACGGUGGCUGGUUCGAGUCUCGCCAUUCUUCAGCCCGUCCCAGUCGAGUUCAGUCUCCGAGGUGGAGUCUCCUCAACCAGGCCCUACAGGCGAGUUGGCGACCGCAUCCGGCACGGCCUGAAGAUGAUUCUGUAUGAAUCGGGCCCGGCCAGUCUAUGUCAAAGUGCCUGUCGGUUGCUGACCGAGCCACAAGCGACCAGCAGUUGGUCACAGGCUUGGCCGAUCCCCUUUGCUCUCUUCAUCGCCAACCCGGCAUCUCCGGGGCUCUAUUAUUCCACUGGCGGGUAUUUGAUCUGUGUCUGCUUGCACUUUUCUCUUUCGACAUGUCCGUACAUCGUGUCCGGAUCCUGCAUUUUGGCUUCUUUGCGCUCAUGUACGGUCGAGCCGGCCUGUGAGAUCGGCGCUGGUCCCAGCACUGUUUUCGGGCCUACCGGAAACGGGACAAGUGAAACUGUGCCUUCAGCUUCGACCGACAUUUUAUGGGGUGGUGAUGGUGGUGGGGAGAGGCGUAUGAAAUGGAUGAACCAGAAACCGAUGGCUCUUGCUCUCUCGCAAACAAAACACAACACAACACAACACAACACAACGCAACACAACGCAAACGGGGCCAUAAAGACAGACCACGGGCCUGCCACACGCCCGGCUAGUGUGACACGCCGGUCUCUUGGCAGCAGCGAGACAACAACUUCAUGCCACCAGCUUCGUCUGUCUCCGGCCUUCACCCCUGCCCUCACACUCAACUCGAGACGCGCUUCUUUUCGCCUCUUGCCUCGCGCGCCUCUUCUCACCUCCUCGCUCCCUCUUACAUGCACACACACACACACACAAACACACACACACACACACGCACACAAUAAAGCAAACCUAGCCACAGUUGUACGGCCCCGCCUUCUCAAUAUUUCGACCAGUCAAGGAGAGAUGUCGGUGGUAUGGGCUGAGAGAGAGAGAGAGAGAGAGAGAGAGCGAGGUAGAAGGAGGGGCGAGAGAAUGAAAGAGAGCAAGAGAGAGAGUAAUAUGCUUAUUGGCCCGACUACAAGCAGUAUUUCUGUCGAAAAAUUCGCGCAUCCCUCAAAUAACCAGACUCUCUUUGGCUCUACCAACCGGAAAAAAGCUGUCUUCGUUGUCACCUCGGAGGCUUGCGUCGUGUCGCGUCGCAAUCAGCGCUUCUUGUCUGUCCGAAAUAGUCUCGUGCCGAAACACCUUCACAGCUCAGCUUUAGCCGCAUCUUCUCGUCGUGGUACCUCGACCCUCGAGACGCUACUCUGCCCACGCCGCGGCAGGAGAAAUGGCCAGCGAAAAAGGGUUCUUUGA